UAAAGUCCGGGUCGUGAAGACUUUGCGAAACUACAAGCUGCGACAGUGCGACACCGGAGAAUUUCUCUCAUCCGCCUCACAUGGUGUCUCUUCAGGCAGCCUGUUGAUUCUUUAAUGUUAUUAGGGCCUAUUUUAGAUAGCCUGAAUAUUUCCAUGCACACGUAUGCACUCCCCGAUGCAAGGCUGCCCUGCGCUGCUCCUAUCGCCAUGUUGGUUUUUUACAGGAGCGCUUGCGCUUUUAAGAGGAUUUACAGCGCCAUAAAGGCAAUAACAGCAGCUAAAAGCCAUCGGAUAUGACAGAAGAGAGUCUUGGGUGUCCACUGAAUAUAGAAAUGAUCAGAAAAAGCACUGCAAACAUUUUUGGUAUCUAUUUUAAAUGUCGGAAGGGGCGAGGGCCUUAUCUGUACUUCGGGCUUCCCCCCGCCGCUCCGUCUCGCUCUGGAAUUAUGUUCAAAUUCAGACUCUCUCUUUAAUAUUUCUGCUCAGCACCCACUGUAAACAAUCCCAAAGCUUUCCCCUUUAUUUUCGUGUAAUUAUUGUGAGAAUUCCAGCCUCUGGGGAUUUUUAAUUAAUUUUUGAAAUAUAUAUAUCGGCUCGGCGGUGACGCACGCCACAGCAGCCGCUCGCUACUCGCCUUUAAUUUUGACAUUUUAUUCCCAUUAAUUCCACAUGGAUUUGGACAAGAAUUGUCGGGUAUGAUGUGGAAGACCUUCCCGAACAUUAUGGUUUGUGAGGAGCAGAAGUGCGAGGAAGAAGUUUUUCCUUUGGCCAUGAACUACUUAGACAGAUUUCUAGCAGUGGUACCCACCAAAAAGUGUAACCUGCAGCUGCUGGGAGCAGUGUGCAUGUUUCUUGCAUCCAAAUUGAAAGAGACUCGUCCAUUAACUGCAGAGAAGCUCUGCAUCUACACAGAUAACUCCAUCAGACCACAGGAGCUGCUGGAAUGGGAACUGGUGGUGUUGGGGAAGUUGAAGUGGAACUUGGCAGCAGUAACGCCAAACGACUUCAUCGAGCACAUCGUGAGGAGGCUGCCGCUGCCCGAGGAUAAGCUGGCUCUUAUACGGAAACAUGUCCAGACCUUCAUCGCCCUCUGCGCCACAGACUUCAGAUUCGCCAUGUACCCUCCCUCCAUGAUCGCCACAGGAAGUGUGGGGGCGGCGAUCUGCGGCCUGCAGCUGGAUUCAUCCGACCAAUCACAGUGGGGCGACAACCUGACCGACCUGCUGGCCAAAAUCACAAACACAGAAGUGGACGUCCUGAAGGAGUGUCAGGAGCAGAUCGAGCGUGUCCUGGUGAGCAGCCUCCGUGAAGGCCGGCAGCAGCAGCAGCAGCAGCAGCAGACCCAGAGGGGAAGCAGCGGGAAAGGCCUGGACGAGCUGGACCAGUCCUCCACCCCCACAGACGUCCGCGAUGUCAACUUGUGAACCAGCAGAGGGCGCAGUGCACAGGAUUUACAACAAAACAAAACGACAAAAAAACACGAUGAAAAAACCUCAAUUUCAAUUAAAAGCAGAAAAAAGAACAAAAGAACAAAAAAUGUUAAAACACAAGCCCUUUAAACCAUAAAAGAACAAUGCUUGCUAGUUUUUGUAGAUUUUUUUUCUGUUCUUCGAGUCAAAAAGAAAAAACACCUGCACACAAAUAGAUUUUCUAUGAUGUUGUAGAGUAAAGCGAUGAAGCUCUGUGGUGCCUUGGAUGUACAGAAGGGAAGCCAGUCACAUUCUGCCUUUGAUUGUAUAGUCUGAUCUCUAAGUUCUAUUCAGCCGCAGACGGAGAACGAGGCUGUUCUGGUAGAAGUCGUUCAGAAAAACUGCAUACAUGGGAUCACAGAGAGGCUUAAGUUUCCUUUCUCUGUUUUAUACGAGUAUUAUCAACCUUACCAGAGAGGAACCGGAGCUCCCCCACCAGCAGAAGGUCCAGAAAGCCGUGAGAACGUGAUGUUUCCAGGGAAGAGCUGGGUGAAAGAAUGAUUGGUAGUAAUUAUUAUUAUUAAUAUGUCAUUAGACAGAUUUAGUGUCUGAGUAGAGAUCAAUAAGCUCCUUUUGUCAGGCUGCUUGUGUGUCUGUGAGUGUAGACGUGUUGGUUGUGUGUCUGUUGUGUAGACGUGUUGGUUGUGUGUCUGAGUGUAGACGUGUUGGUUGUGUGUCUGAGUGUAGACGUGUUUGGUUGUGUGUCUGUGAGUGUAGACGUGUUGGUUGUGUGUCUGAGUGUAGACGUGUUGGUUGUGUGUCUGUUUGUGUAGACGUGUUGGUUGUGUGUCUGUUUGUGUAGACGUGUUGGUUGUGUGUGCUGUUGUGUAGACGUGUUGGUUGUGUGUCUGUGAGUGUAGACGUGUUGGUUGUGUGUCUGUUUUUGUAGACAUGUUGGUUGUGUGUCUGUUUGUGUAGACGUGUUGGUUGUGUGUCUGUUUAGACGUGUUGGUUGUGUGUCUGAGUGUAGACGUGUUGGUUGUGUGUCUGAGUGUAGACGUGUUGGUUGUGUGUCUGAGUGUAGACGUGUUGGUUGUGUGUCUGUGUAGACGUGUUGGUUGUGUGUCUGAGUGUAGACGUGUUGGUUGUGUGUCUGUUUGUGUAGACGUGUUGGUUGUAUCUGAGUGUAGACGUGUUGGUUGUGUGUUAGAGACACGGAUGUUGUACAGUCAGCUAUAUUAGUGUGUGCGUUCAGCGACAUGGCAGCACUUGAUUAAAAUCAUAGAUUUUUUUGUUUAGUUGGUGGAUCAAAGCGAGGCUCCAGAAGUCGUUCGUCCAUGUCCGUCCAUCCGUGUCCGUCCAUCCGUGUCCGUCCAUCCGUGUCCGUCCAUCCGUGUCCGUCCAUCCGUGUCCGUCCAUCCGUGUCCGUUCGAUCAUCGUUGGCCAGCGAGACGUGACUCAUGAUCCCACGGAGAAUAUUUGGCUUGCAGGAACUUCUCAUGUCGAGCCCUUGUCUUUCCAAGAGCAUUUUUCCUGACGUCAUUGAGUGUUUAUUGCUGCCAUUCGAUAUGAAUAUUUCAGAUUGACGGUGUUCCAAUGUGGUGUGUCCUUAGUGGUGAACGGCUGCUUUAAGUCCGGUCAGAGGAGGUAUUGUCUUCUUUCAGGUGAAAUGAGAGGACAGUGUCUUGAAGAAACUCCUCUGAGUUACUGAGCAGGGAUGAGGUGGGAAAGACUUAGAGAGGACCAGGAAUGAUAGACUGAUGGUGUUGCAGAAGAUGCUGCUGUUAGGAGAUGAGGAUGAUGAACAGAAAAACACCCAAGAAGCCUCACAGUAGAACUUGGAUGUCUGCAUAUUUGGGUGAAA